AAACGAUCUUUCAGGGUAAACCCGCGGUGGAAUACGAUCAGGAGACAGCGAUUCGUCAGGACAGACCGCACGUGGUUACCAGACAUUUGUUUGCCUCUAUAACGACGCAGCAGCAACAACAACAACAACAGGAACAAAUCACUUGCAGACCACCGCCACAGACAGCGACAGCGAGCAUCUUCGCACCUCGUACCGAGGACAUGAACAAAGGCUUCUUGACGUUCAGCGAGGAUCAUCCAGGUCUUACGAUGCUAAAGGACGAACCGGAGGAUCUAACGCAUCUGGCGCCUACACCUGGCGACGUGUGCGUCCCCCUCGAAGACACGCCCUUCCUCUCGGACAUGCUCGACGAGUUUAUCCUCGGCAGCGACAACUAUUGUCCCCUGCUCAGCCCCGACGAAACCCUAGCGCCCGAAUUGCGCGCCACCGACUUCGCCGACCACCUCAAGGACGCCGAGUUGGGCGACACACCGAGGAACAAAGACCUAGGAGAGUCACUGGCCGACAGCGAUCCGUUUAUGUACGGGGACUCGCCGAGCAGUCCGUGCAGCAUCGAUCCCAGCGCGGUCUCGCCACCGCUCGCCAAGUACCGCCAAAGCCCGGAACGAAGCAUUGACUCGUUGGGCAGCCCGACAGGCGGCAGCGGCGCGGACGGUUUGUCGGAGGACGAGAUGUUGAUGUUGGGCCUGAACGAUAGCAUAGCCGACGACGAGUUGGAGCUGAGGGCGCCUUAUAUCCCAAUGUCGGAUCAAGACGAGGCCCUGGAUUUGCUCAUCAGCAACGACAUGGUCAUGUGGAGCCCGCCACAGACGACGGAAAAUCACAAAGGUUGUCCGAAAUGGCUGUUGACGGAGAAGGAGCAACGAACGACGGAUUCCAGUUUAGCGCAGCUACUGAAAACAGACCAGGUCUCCAGAAAGUACAACGACCACGGCGGGGGUUUGGUGAACCCGGUUCAAGUUCUCGGUCAAAUCCCUAGAAAAAAUAUAAAUCUAGAUAACUGCCAUUGGUCCUCCCGAGUGGACAGACCAGCGAAGCGCAUUCACACUGCCUCGAUAGACACAGGGACCGACAAUAAACGCAUCAAGUGCGACGAAUCCGCGAGACGUAGCUGUCACCUCGGCCUGGAGGAUCAUCUACUAGUUAAGCAGCAGCCGUCCUCGAGGAAGUCGUCGAACCUCGGCAACAGUCAGCUGUUGCGUCGCCUGGUGUCGCAGCAGAACGUUCUGCGGAGUAAUAAUUUCACGACUGAGUCGUUCGAUGGCACGAUAAACGGCAGGCAGAGCGUCGUUGAUCGAGUAGAAGCGGAUCUAGAUGUGGAAGAUGGCGAAGGGGACAGCGGUGGCGGUGGUAUCAACGACGGCGGUGGGCGAAAGUGCGAGACGAGCGAAGGAAGGUGUCGAAACGUCGUGGAGAACGGCGACGCGAUCAGCCAGAUCUCACAGCGGAACCCGGCGUGCAACAGCGUGCUAAUGAAUCUCCUGGUGUCCGGCUGCGACGAGAACCUGAUGGACUCGAGGAACGUGCCGUCGGUGUACCUGAAGAGCCUGAUGUCCCCGCUGUCGGUGAGCCUGGAGAAUCACCAAAUGGUGCCUCAGUGCCCGGAUUCCAGAGGGUCCAGCGUCUCCUUCGACUCGCAGCUGAGCCCCGCCACGAGGAAACAACUGUCCGGCACGUUCUCCAACGGGGGAUCGAUCGUCUCGCCGCCGUCCUCGCUGAUGGUGCCGUUCGACAGUUUCGACUACGAUCCGAGUAUGUCGGCCAGUGGAUUGCUUCAAGUGGAGCCGGAUCUAUUCGGGACGUUGCUCGAUCGGAAUCUCGUUUAGGCGCGGGUUUCGAUCCGAGGAGGUACAGGCCGAUUCGAACGGGCCGGGGAAUUACUUGGGGAAAGAAGAUGACGUCGACAGAGAAGAUCAUCUGGAUAAACCGAGGCAAUGAAAUGCCAAAGUUGAAGACGACUCGCGAUUCGUAGUGUGUUGAUCUUGUUGUCACCGUUCGAUCGCGCCCUCAUUGUCCAAAUAUAUCGAUAUUUUUUCAUUGGUAACGUGCAACGUGCGCCGCAUGGACUCGUCGACCAUCGCGGAAGAUUUCUCACGCGAAAAGUGCCAAUGCAUUUUUUUUUUUAAGGGGAUGUGUUUAGUCGUUAGGCCUGUAGCAUAGAGGAGAACGAGAAAAACUGGCACAAAUGUGGCGUGUAGACCGGCAUUCGAUUUGACUAUAAUUCGAAGCUCUGUCUAAUGAUU